CAUUGCGAUCUGCAAAACGUAGAUUGUCUUACGAUUUGGACGAUGACGACGGUGACGAUGACGGCGCUGGUACGAGUGUACCGCGAUCACGACAACGUGUAUCGGGUCCAUCAGCGCUUGUGACAUAUACCGACGAGGACACAGCUACAAGUGCGUGUGCAACCUCUGUUCCCGCGACAGAGCGUUUAAACGACGGUCAUCAAGUCGAAAUUUUGAGCGGAUUUACGAUGCUUGAAAGUAGCGGAGAGGGUGACGCUGAUUUCACGCCGUCGUCGCCUAUAGGACCUCCGCAGGCGUGUUCGACCCCACGUGCUGAUAACGAGAAUGACGAGUCGUGUUCGGAAGAAGAUUUUUUUUCGUCUCCAGAUGUCGAAGCUUUUAAUCGGGCUUUUAUCGGACGAUCAUAUCCGAGAAGUGAUUUGGUACGUGUGAUUCAUCGUAAUUAUGCUGUGCCGAACGAAGCUGUGCAGUGUGCUAUCGAUGCACGAUCAGUAUCUGAAAGCAGUGACGAAGAUGAUGAACCUGCCAAUAGCACAGCUACAGCAGCGGCAGUCUCUACAAACAAUGCUCAGCGCGCAGCAAUACAAAACUUUUACUCGCGGCCCGUCCCAGAGGCCGAACGUUCUUAUCAUCAGAUUGUCGAUCGCGCCCGAAUGACUUAUCAUCGGUACGAUGAAAGAGAUGCUUUUGACAAUAGGAUAAAUGAGCAAAAGUUAUAAGAAGAGUCGAAAAUGGCACCGAUUCCAUAGAGCGGUUCAACGCGUCAAAUUUAGAUUUUUAUAUUGAUCGUAUAUACAAAGUGCGUAGAGCCCAAAAGUUGCGAUGGUUGUAUACACAGGCCGAAGACGAAAAUUCUCCUCUGUAUACGGCGCAGGAAAUUGUAGAUUUACUGGGCCGUGUUCAUGAAAGUUUUAAUGGACCGCCAGAAGAAUGAAUUCAAAAGAAAACAUUUAUUACUUCGCGCAUGUGUGUUUUU